ACAUCGGCAAAAUGCACCAGCCCGUGGUUUGCAGCUGCAGAAACCCCAUAUAUGUUGAAGCACUCGCGGCGUCAACUAGCCGCCAUUUUACAUUAUCGGGACAGGAGUGAAAACCCGACCUACCCCGGGAAUCGUAGAUUUUUUUUCUUUUUUUUUGUAACACCCUGAAAUCAGACAAAAUCAACACCGUGCACCUUAGUGAACUAUCAAAUGAUGUCUGGAGACAUGGUGACUGAUCAAGUAAAUGGAAAUGGUACAGAAGAACCAAUGGACACAACUACAGUGGACACAACUACAGUGGACACAACUGCAGCAGCAGUUAAACAUUCAGACCAUUUCCAGACUUUAUUAGACGCUGGUUUACCACAGAAAAUUGCUGAAAAAUUAGAUGCAAUUUACGUAGCAGGACUGGUAGCACACAGUGACCUAGAUGAAAGGGCUAUUGAAGCGUUGAAAGAAUUUAAUGAAGAAGGUGCUCUGCAAGUCCUGCUUCAGUUUAAGGAAAGUGAUCUGUCGCACGUGCAAAACAAAAGUGCAUUUCUCUGUGGAGUAAUGAAGACUUACAGACAGAGGGAGAAGCAAGGGACCAAAGUUUCAGAUUCCACAAAGGGACCAGAUGAGGCAAAAAUAAAGGCUCUGCUUGAUAGAACCAGCUAUACACUUGAUGUGACAACGGGUCAGCGCAAGUAUGGAGGCCCCCCCCCAGAGUCUGUGUAUUCAGGUUCUCAACCCACUAUUGGAACAGAGAUAUUUGUUGGGAAAAUUCCUCGAGACUUGUUUGAGGACGAGCUGGUGCCGCUCUUUGAGAAGGCGGGACCUAUCUGGGAUCUACGUCUAAUGAUGGACCCACUUAGUGGCCUGAACAGGGGGUACGCCUUUGUCACUUUCUGCACUAAAGAGGCUGCCUCAGAGGCAGUAAACCUGUGUAAUAAUCAUGAAAUACGCCCCGGCAAGCACAUUGGAGUGUGUAUAUCUGUUGCCAAUAACAGGCUGUUCGUCGGCUCCAUCCCCAAGAGUAAAACGAAAGAGCAGAUGGUUGAGGAGUUUGCUAAAGUCACAGAGGGUCUUAAUGAUGUCAUACUGUACCAUCAGCCGGAUGACAAAAAGAAGAACCGAGGUUUUUGCUUUUUGGAAUACGAGGACCAUAAAACUGCUGCUCAGGCCAGACGCAGGCUGAUGAGUGGCAAGGUGAAAGUCUGGGGGAUUGUGGUUACUGUGGAAUGGGCAGACCCCAUCGAGGAACCUGAUUCGGAGGUCAUGGCCAAGGUCAAAGUUUUGUUUGUCCGAAACCUUGCGAACAGUGUUACGGAAGAAAUACUGGAAAAAUCAUUCGGCAAGUUUGGUAGACUGGAGCGAGUGAAAAAGCUGAAAGAUUACGCGUUCAUUCACUUUGAUGAGAGGGACAGUGCAAUCAAGGCAUUGGCUGAAAUGAAUGGCAAAGAUCUAGAGGGAGAACACAUUGACAUAGUCUUUGCAAAGCCCCCUGAUCAGAAGAGGAAAGAACGCAAAGCUCAGAGACAAGCAGCCAAAACAAACAUGUAUGAUGAUUAUUAUUACAACUACGGCCCCCCUCAGUUGCCCCCUCCCACAAGAGGUGGAAGAAGUAGAGGUGGUGGUAGGGGAGGGUAUGCUUACCCCCCUGACUAUUAUGGCUAUGAGGAUUACUACGAUUAUUAUGGUUAUGACUACCACAAUUACCGUGACGGAUACGAGGACCCCUACUACGGCUAUGAUGACUAUCAGGCUCCCGCUAGAGGAAGAGGGGGCAGAAGUGCCUGGGGGCCACCACCAGCCAGAGGCCGAGGCGGUGCAGGUGCUUUCAGGGGCAGAGGUGGCUUUUCACCGCGUGGCGGUCCAGGAUCAAGCAGAGGAGGUGUACGAGGUGCCAGAGGAGGUGUGCAGCAGAGAGGCCGCGGCGGGGUACGUGGUGCAAGGGGUGGCCGCGGUGGAAAUGUAGGAGGAAAGCGCAAAGCUGAUGGGUACAACCAGCCAGAUUCCAAGCGGCGCCAGACCAAUAAUCAGAACUGGGGCUCUCAACCCAUUGCUCAGCAACCGCUCCAAGGUGGUGAUCGUUCUGGUAACUAUGGUUACAAAUCUGACAACCAGGAGUUUUAUCAGGAUUCUUUUGGGCAACAGUGGAAGUAGAACUUUAGGGCUAUGAUUUCAAAUCAUUUUUUUUAGAGGCUUGAUCUGAUUAGUUGUAAAUCCAUACGGUCGCCUCCCUUUUUUCCAAUUUGGUAACAUCUGGCAAGUUUUGUCUUGUAUAUAUUUUAAUAAUCCGCUUGGAUUUGAACCGUAGAUACAAUCCCACCUGCUUCUGGCGAACUGGUACAUUUUUUUAUAAAGUUGAUUGUGAUUUCCAUAAUGUUUUGACAUUUUAAAUUUGCAAUCAUGUGCUCCAGCUCUCUAUUUGGCUAUGGUAGUAUUAUGUAUGUUUUUAGCAAUUCUGAUCUCCAUGUCUUAAGUAGCUAACAGCAACAACGCUUAUGUCUCUUAAAUAUGUAGCCUCGCUUUUUAAAACAAAUGAAAUUACAAUCUGUAUGUUACACAAGGUAAUUCUAGGAAAUAGCUUGUCUUGUAAAAAAAGAAGAAAAAAAAGGGGACUAGUCCUAUUUUUUGCCUUUACAUUUUGGCUUGUAUUCUUUGCUGUUUGUCUGCUUUAAUAAACAUACACACACAAGUGUACAAAACUUCAAAUUGUGUUGCAAAUUCAUGUUUCGGCAAAUUCUCUCUUUAAAUUGCCUUCAAAUUUAAGGCUCCUUGUGGAAGAGAAGGGCUAAAGGUUUGCCAAUGUUAGCCACAUGCUGCAACGUCACUUUUGCAUGCCAUCAAAUUUAUCACCUAGUUCAGCAGUCGGCAUCUUUCCACAAUUCAAGUUUUACGUAUGUGUGGAGACAUACCCCAUCAGAGCAUAUAAAAAAAAUGAAUCUCCAUAUCUCAAACAUUGUCUAUUUGAUUUCACUUUUUUUUGUAGCCCAAAUUUAAAUUGAUUUUUAUUAAAGACAUGCCCUGAAAACAAGUGUGAAAUCUUUCUCUGGUGGCCACUUCAAAUCUGUCCUUUCGACUAUUAAGAAAGCACAAUUUGUGAAGCUUUUCGUGUCGUAGAUCUAUAUAGUCAUUGGUAGCCUUCACUGAUCUUGCAUGUUUCUCAAAUUCCUAAUUGAGUAAUGGUGGGCAAUAAUUGUCAUGCAUGGACUGUCUGUAGAGCUUGUACUUUGGCCAUAACCCCUGAUCUUUCCACAUCCCUACUACUUUUCUCCUUUUAAAGAACACAGCAAUGCCACUGUUCUGCUUGACCUUUUCCUAAAGGCAUAGACUUGUUGCAUGUGAUGUUGAAAGGUGUGGAAGUCGAUGAAUGCUUACAAGUUUUUGUCUUUAAUGUGCAGUAGCCCAUUUUCUGUAGUUACAUAUGUGUAGAUGUUAUGUGGUCUUCUGUUGUGGUCUAUCUUCUAAUUGCAUCCUUUUGUUACCUGACUAGCAGGGAAAAGAGGUCGAGGCCGGUCCUGACCUGUAACUAUGAAGACUGACCUGCUACUUACUGUAUGUGGGGGUUACACCAGGAAGCUGCCAAUGGAAGUGAUGGUAAGGUCAACUCAAUGGUCCAAUGAUAUGCUGCUUUAAGGCUGGAAUAUCUCCCAGAACUGCUACAGGAGAAGAUGAUCAAAAGAGAACUCAAAUCACUUGCUUGGACUUUUUUAUAUUAACUUGUCACCUUCCCCCAUAUCCCCAAAGAAUAUGCCAUUUUAAAUGACUGAAGAUGUUGAGAUUUCCCAGGGGACUCUUCAUCAUGAAAUGUAAUUAUGUCUUUUGCACUUUGUCUAAGUUUGAAGUGGCUCAGAGGAGCUUGAUGCUAAUGUACAUUUGUGUGGUUAAUGCAGCUUUAUGCUGGAAUAGACAUGUUUAGAUUUGGAUUGGUUUUAAGAGAAUGUUUUAAGGUGUAAUCCCCUGGCGUAAAUAGUCAGGCAUUCCAGGAAGGUGGUUAUUUUCUGAAUUUAUUUUAAAGGGUUGGUUAACUACAGUGGUGGAAAAAAGUACUGAAUUGUCAUACUUGAGUAAAAGAUAUGUUAAUUAGAAAAUGACUCAAAUAAUUGAGUCACCCAGUAAAAUACUACUUGAGUAAAAGUAAGUAUUUGGUUUUUAAAUGUUUAUUUAUAAAAAGUAAUUGAUAACAUGUAAUUCAGUAUCAAAAGUAUACAUCAAAUUCCUUAUUAAGCAAGCCACACGGCACCAUGUUCUUGUAUUUUUUAUUUAUUUACGGAUAGCCAGGGGUACACUCCAACACUCAGACAUAAUUUACAAACGAAGCAUUUGUGUUUAGUGAUUCCGCCAGGUCAGCGGCAGUAGGGAUGACCAGGGAUGUUCUCUUUGAUAAGUGUGUGAAUUGGACCAUUUUCCUCUCCUGCUAAGCAUUCAAAAUGUAAGAAGUAGUUUUGGAUGUCAGAGAGAAUGUGUGGAGUAAAAAAGUACAUUAUUUUAUUUAGGAAUGUAGUGAAGUAAAAGUUGUCAAAUAGUAAAGUACAGAUAAGCAAAUUUACUUAAGUAAAUACUUUUAACUAGUACUUAAGUACUUUACACCACUGGUUAACUACCUCCGUACAGAGGAUUCAACUUCCCUGUUUGUACUGUAAAUAGGAAAACUUCAUUGAUGAAAGAAGGGCUUGUUCACCCACUAAAUAUUAGGACUGUGAAGGUACCAGUAUCGCACAAUAUUUUUUCCCAUGGCAAAAAUAACACGAAGCAAACAACUCUUUGUUACUUAAAACAUCUACUAUAUGUAAAGUAUUGUGUGCUAUAGCUUGGAAAGUAAAUACAUGUGACUGGAUGACACCAUAAUGUUUUUUUCCAACAUUAGGGUUUUGUUUCCUUGCCACAAUACGAGUAUCGCGAUACUGGUAUCAUUCCGGCCCUACUAAAUAUGCACAAGAGCAACAGCAGAGCACAUGUAGUUUUAUUAUAGGUGCUGCAUGCUAUUUGUUUGACACUGCGAACAGUCAAACGCUGCAUGUUAAAUCAUCUCAUGUAAUGAGCCUGAAUGAACAAGCCUUGCUUUCAUCUAGGCUGAACUGAAUUUGUGGUGUGCUUCUUCAGAUAAUGUAGUUACUGGUUGUAUUAUAGUUUAGGAAAAUGUUACUUUUGUAAAAGCUUGAACACCAGAAAAACAACAUUUUUCAAGCUUUAAAGUGUCCCUUUCUUUGCUCAAUGGGAAGUCUAACUUUUGUAUAUAAUUGCAUCCCUUUUGUAAGGUUGCAUACACUAAUGUUUGAAAGCCAUCCACCUACUUUGUGUAUAGAUAUUUGCCUAAUCAUGUUGUACAACUUGAGCAUUGAUCAGACAUCCAACCAGCUGCCUUUUUGUCACAUUUGACAAGUGUCUUCAAUCUGCAUCAUGUUGAACAUAUGAUUAGUAGCGGAGUUAGCUGGAUAUGACUGGUUUUAUCCAGUUCAAAAAGGAUGUGGCAGCUUUUUUUAAAAUUGCAUAAAGGAUACUGAACAACUUGAUGAGGUUUUGUACACAGUUGACUCCCUCAGUAAGCCCCGUGUUAAAAUAUUGUUGGCUGGCUAACAAGUUUUUUUAUUAUUUUUUUUGCAGUCUUGCAAAUAAAUGGUUUUAUAUUGUAAA